CGUGCUCUUCUCGCCCGCCCGGUCUUGUCUCUCCUCUCCAGAACCUUCCAACGGCAGAGUGCUCGCCGCGUGGUCUAGAACCUUCCACAAGCCUCGCGACGUGUCUCGACGCGCCGGUACGGCGGUGGGGGUAUUUAGGGGUCCGGCCACCGGCCACCGCCCGCCCUUCUCCCGAUUUCACCGACCAUUUUUCCCCAUUUCACAGCGGGCGAAUAUCUCUCAUCUCCCCCAUCCUCUUUCCUGCAACAACUCCUACCCACCCGACAGAAAUAUCCUAAGCGCUGACCCGAAUACCCGAUUCGCUCCUCGUCCGGUCGAUUCCUGCUCCUAAUCGCUCGAAUCGAGUCCUUGCCCCGUGUUCCGUGCCACAAUCUGGGCGCUUGGCUCCCGCGAGCCGGGGUUCUUGGGCCUGGGCGGAGGCCAUGGACAAGCCGGUGGCGCCGGGCAUUAUCAAGGAGGAGCUCCUGGAGCAGCAGCCGCCGACGCAGGACGGUGUGGGUGGCGGCGGGGAUGCGCCGCGCCCGAUGGAGGGGCUGCACGAGGUGGGUCCCCCGCCUUUCCUCACCAAGACGUUCGACCUUGUGGAGGACCCGGCCACCGACGCCGUCCUCUCCUGGAGCCGCGCCGGCAACAGCUUCAUCGUCUGGGACCCGCACGUCUUCGCCGACGGGCUGCUCCCGCGCCUCUUCAAGCACAGUAACUUCUCCAGCUUCGUGCGCCAGCUCAACACCUAUGGCUUCAGAAAGGUUGAUCCUGACAGGUGGGAGUUUGCAAAUGAAGGUUUCCUCAGAGGUCAAAGGCACCUGCUGAAGAUGAUAAAGAGAAGGAAGCCACCAUCAGCUGUGGCACCAUUGCGACAGCAACGUGCCCCUGCUUCUUGCCUGGAGGUUGGUGAGUUUGGAUUUGAGGAGGAGAUUGAUAGGCUGAAGCGUGACAAGAACAUUUUAAUCACAGAAGUAGUAAAACUAAGGCAGGAGCAGCAAAGUACUAAAGAUCAUGUGAGAGCCAUGGAGGAAAGGCUACGAGUGGCUGAACAGAAGCAGGUACAGAUGAUGGGGUUCUUGGCAAGAGCAAUGCGGAACCCAGAGUUCUUCCAGCAGUUGGCCCAGCAGCAAGACAAGAGGAAGGAGCUCGAGGAUACCAUCUCAAAGAAAAGAAGGCGGCCCAUUGACAACACACCAUUCUACAGUGAUGGGGAAAGCGAACAGCUUGAUUCACAGUUGAAAAUGUUCGAGUCAGGUGUUCUCAAUGGGCUCAAUGAACCUGAGCUGGAGAAUUUAGCAGUGAACAUUCAGGAGCUUGGGAAGGGAAGCAUAGAUGAUGGGAACUUGACUCAAGUUAGUGACCAGUCAGAGCUGAACGACGACUUCUGGGCAGAGCUUUUGGUCGAAGAUUUUGGAGACAAGGCAGGACAGCCAGAGUUGGAGGGAAGAACUGAAGACGUGAAUGACCUUGCUCAACAACUGGGGUAUCUGAGUUCUUCUAGCCCAAAAUAGAGCCAGUUCCUAAUGGUUGCCCCCACAAUCACUGGUGCUUUCCCUACCCUACUGUUGCAGACCAUCCUGAUCAAACCGGUACUUUUCAAAUUCAAUUCAAUGACACAAACCUGUUAAAAUCUGGUAACAUUUUCAUUCCAUUUCUUUUAUAUUGCUGGAUUAGCCAGGAAUGAUGAUGGAUCUGGCAGACAAGGUUUGACGACCCAUCCUUCUAACCAUAUCCAUUAUGUUUGCGCAGUUGCAUCUUCAGAUUUGCCCUCAUCUUUUCUUCUUCUUCUUCUGAAACAUUCUAAAUUGCUCCUUAUCCAGUUGACUGGUGGUGGAGAGGUGUUCAUACUGAAGGCGUGCUGUGGAGAGGUCACUGCCUUGACGUUGAAGGCUUAGCGCUGUACUCUGCUGUGGGAGUUACGUGUGGGGUGUUGGCUAAAUGUCUCUUCCGGCGUCUUCUGGCAAAAUGAUCUCGUGGACGGUGACUGGCAAAGAUGCCUAGGGGCCAACGUAUACGUACACAGCUGUUAUCAGAUCUUGUUCAAAGUCAUUGCGCGGUUUUGACGGUGCUAUGUAUCGAUCAGGGUUCUGGCCUUCUGGGGUUGGGUUGUAGAAUUGACUGGCUGAUCUAGUGUUCUCCAUGUAUGACUGGUGUAACCUUAAAACACCCUCAGCUUGUUGUUGAACUGUGACAAGCAUCUCGUUUUUUUGUUGUACUCCAUUUUCAUCAUCAUUGUACAUCAAAUUGCUGAAUUAUGAACAGAUCCCUAAUAAUUUGGUGGACUGCGUCUUGGCAUUUGGCUA